GUGAUUGAGAAUCUGUGGCACAAAACGCAAGACGUUUUGGUGAUCGCAGAACACGGCAGUCGCGCCGGCUUUGCCGCUGUUCUCGAAGCCAGGAAUCUUAUAUUGCAAUUGUCUGGACAUAAAGUGACCGCUCAUUUCAGUCAUAAUCCCGGCGAUAAGCAAUUGUCCACUGAUCACAACGCCUCUGAGGCCACUAUUAUUGCACCCUGUUCGCAUGACUUGACGUGUCCGCGACAGUCAACCAAAGGACCCGUUCUCUGCAAUUUCGAAAUCACUUAUAAUCCGUUGCGUUUCGGACAAAAGGGAAGGCAACAACAACCUGAAAUGAAGAGUUGGCCCCGAAUUGUUCAGCCCGUCCUCACCGGUCAUCAUAAGGCUAUUUGUCGGAUGUGUUGCAGUGAUGGACAAAUCAAAGAACUUAUAAUUACCAAAUCUAAUCACGACAAGCAUGCCUACCAGUGCGCUAAGACGAGCCGAUGGGGCGACAAAUUUCCCGCACAAAUACACCCUAAAGAUGCCGAUCAAGACAUUCAUGAAUAAGUUGUA